AUGUCUGAGACAUGGCUUAAACCAUCCUUAUCGGAUCAAACAGUUUCUCUACCUGGCUUUCAGCUGUUCAGGUGUGACAGGGUGGGGAAGGGUGGCGGCGGUGUGGCUCUUUUCGUCUCUGGCUCUCUGAAAGCUAGGAUUAUUACCACCUCUGGUGGUUUUUACGAGAAAAAACCUGAAUUCAUUAUCGCUGAGAUAUCCACGGCUAAUGAAAAGUUGCUACUGGCGGUCGUAUAUCGACCACCCCACUGUGGUUAUCUAACGAAUUUUUUUGACACGUUUUCAAAUCUAUCUACAUCUUACAAGCACACUAUUAUCUUCGGCGACUUCAAUGCUAAUCUGUUAGCCGAGAAUUAUGACUCCGAUCAAAUAAGAGACUUCAUCUAUUACUCUGCGCUUUAUUUGGUGCCUUAUGCACCUACUCAUCAUACGCCUUCUUCUUCUACCUGGUUGGACCUGUGCAUAGUUGAUGAUAAAGAGAAGCUUAUCUCCUACGAUCAGCUAGAUGUUUGUUUCCUGUCUUCGCACGACCUAAUAGAUAUCACUUAUAAUAUUCCUGUUGGUAAACGCGAUGCCAGAACCAUUACCGUUAGAGAUUAUAGCAACUUUGAUUGGAACCACUUUCUUGUAGAGCUUUCUAGUUGCGACUGGAGUAUCUUCAUAAACUCUGAUGAAAUUGAUAAUAAAGUGACUAUGUUUAACGAAUAUAUAUCUAACUGUUACAAUAAACACGCGCCACUUAAGAUCAUUCAUCCUAAGCAUCUGCCUGCGCCCUGGAUUACGCCUGAAAUUAGGUCCUGCAUGAAUGAAAGAAAUAAGCAGCGCAGAAGGUGGCGAAGGAAUAAAUCUGACGUUAAUUAUAAUCUCUAUAAGAGAUUGAGAAACCAGGCUCAAGCCAUGGUGCGUGAUGCUAAACAGAGUUAUUACCUUUCCAUUUUUUCAAAUAAAAAAGACCCUUCCACCAUAUGGAAGAACCUUCGUCAGUUAGGCUUGAUAAAGUCUAAAACCUCUGAUAGGAGCUUGCUUUUCUCCAUAAACGAGCUGAACUCCUUCUUUCUUGCUGACUCGAAUGAGACUACCGACUUAAGCGAUGUUUUUCUUGGCGAUGAGUCCUAUGAAGACAGCAAAUUUUAUUGGAGUUAUAUUGACUUCAACGACAUUCGUCACGCCAUCCGUGAAGUUAAGUCUGGAUCCGCUGGCAUGGAUGGUUUUUCAUUGGACAUGAUCAGUCGUGCUCUACCUAGUAUUACACCUUACAUUGCUCAUUUAUUUAACCACUGUCUACUCCAUGGUGUUUUUCCUUCUCAAUGGAAAUCUGCUAUUGUGUGUCCUAUUCCUAAGUUCUUGAACGCCUCGUUGCUCGGCAAAUUAUUGACUACGUGGAGGCAAAUAAUCUUCUUGAUCCUCUUCAGCAUGCGUAUAGACGGGACCACUCUACGCAGACUUCACUUAUUAGAGUCGUUGACGAUAUGA